AGGCGCGAAAGAGCCGGCAGCCGGCUUCUGGAGCCGCCGCUCCUUCCGUUUUCCCGGCGGGCCCUGCGCGGCGCCUGCGUGCUCAGUGACCUUUCCCCGUCUAGUGGAUUCUGUUGUGGCCUGUGGCCUUGGUCUUGCUGAGGUAAGAGCGGGGCCUGGGCUUUUUUCCCAUGUUCCCGACAGCGGGGACCGGAAAGGGGCCGGGACGGAGUGCGGUGGAGCCGAGAUGCUUCAAAGCCUUAUUAAGAAUGUCUGGGUCCCCAUGAAACCCUACUAUACCCAGGUUUACCAGGAAAUUUGGAUGGGAAUGGGGUUAAUGAGCUACAUCGUUUAUAAAAUCAGGAAGGCUGAUAAAAGAAGUAAAGCUUUGAAAGGCUCCAGUCCUGCACCUGCCCAUGGCCAUCAUUAACUGCUCCCUGAGUCCACUCACGAUGAAUCCUGUCGGCUAAACUGAAGCAAGCUGUGUUAGGUGGGAACACGGAACAUCGCUGUGCACUUACCUAAGUACCAUUUACAAUGUGGCAUUAAUAAAUGUAUGUGAGUAGCAGCACGA